UUAUCAGUUGAAAAUCAAAAUGGCAGAAACAUUUUUAUGAUAAAUGUAAUCAUUGACAAUAAGUCAACAAUACAAUGUAUUAUUACAACGAGUAAUAUGAAGAAUAAUGUGUAACAGAGAGAACAACUCAAAUAAUAACAAUAAUAAUAAAUGAAAGAUAAUUAUUAAAAUUGAAUAAGAUGUAAAAAUGGCGCGGCCAAUGGGAAUUGAAGAUUGUGUUGAUUCUUGAUUAGUGUUAUAUUAGAGUAGUCACCAGUCACCAGUCAGAGCACCAGAGCCAGAGCCAGAGCCAGAGUGCCCGAGUAGUCCCAGCAACACAACCAACAACCAGUAGUGUGUAGUUGUAAGUUGUAUGCAUUGUAUUGUAUUGUAAGUUAAAUAUAUGUGUGUGCAAGUGUAUUAAAUCUAGUGGGCAAAAAACUGGCUGUAUACACAAGACACCAAAAAACGCUACAACUCGUCGGUCUCUGACCAGUGAGAACUUCCACUCGGGUGCUCUCUCAAACUAGCUGGCUCUCCUCAAUCUCGAGUUGACAAAAAUUAAGUAGUUGGAGUAAAUUUCGGACUGAGAGCUGCUCGAAUUGAAUUCGGAGCCAGAGUUGCUUACCAUCCAGUUGCUGAGUCCGAGAGUGAGAGAUACGGGUGGUGUAUUGGUUGGUUGGUUGGUUGGUACGGGUACGGACUAGGGUCGGUCGACCAAGAAUAGCCGUCAGCCAACUAAGACGGCCUGCAACUACAACUACAACGAAAAAUAAGAGAGUGAGCCAGCCAGACAGACCAAGGCAGCACGUACUACUGCUGUAGCAUCUUAUCUCUCGCUAAAUAAAAGUACUUAACUCUCUACCUCUUAAUAAUAUUUUAGUUUUAGUUCGAUACCUUCUGCACGGACAGAUCUUGUUACUGGUGUUGUUAAUUGUCAUCCAGGAAAGGAUAACACUCGAGACCCCACCCCUCCCACCAGCAUCAUCAUCAUCAACGUCAUUACCGCAAGUAUCGUCAUAAGCGUAAACGUUAUUUUAUUUAUUUAAUGGAAUCACUAAGUAUCACUAAAAAAAGCGAUAAAUCAAUGGCCGAGGAUUGCACCGAGUUACUGUGGAUCACCCUGAGGUUCAGUGUUGUCUAGUAUAGUGCUAAUGGUUCAUCAGUGCUAAUUCAACAAGCAAGUGUAUCGUCAGUGUUUCUGUUGGAAUAUCAUCUAGGUAGAUAAUAUUGGAUUAUAAUUUAAUGUAAUAAUAAUUGUAGGGAUGGAAAUUGGACAAGUUUUAUCGGAAUUUUUGAUUGCCCAAUGAUUGAUUGAUGGAUAAAAAUAAAGUUAACUCCAGGUAGAGAGACCCGGAGAGUCUGAGUGUGGGAUUAUUAGUCUUCGGCCGGUGGUGAUUUAGAUUGGUGUCUAGACGUUCUCAUUGAGAGCAAUACGAGUUAAAAGGUUUUGUAAAUUAGAGAAAUUAAAGUUAAUUUAAAGUUACUUUAAUUGAAAUUUAAAUAGCAGUAAUAUGUCUCUGGAGACGAGAUCUAACUCGGCUCUGUUCAAGAGGGCCGAGCAGCUUAAACGGUGGGAACAAUCAGAGACUAAUAGAGAACCGGCCCAGCCAAGACAAAUCGCGCGAAAGAUCAAGUUCUCGGCCGAUUGCGUGUUCCUAGCAGCAUGUGCUGCUGGCGACAAGGAAGAGGUCGUUAGAUUGUUGCAAAAGGGGGCGGAUAUCAACACUGGCAAUGUCGAUGGCCUUACUGCGCUCCAUCAGGCAUGCAUCGAUGAUGACUUGGACAUGGUGGAAUUUUUGGUUGAACAAGGCGCAGACAUUAAUCGCGGUGACAAUGAAGGCUGGACUCCGCUGCACGCAACGGCAUCGUGCGGAUUCAUAUCAAUCGCCAAAUAUUUAAUUGAACAAGGAUGUAAUUUAGCAGCUGUAAAUAAUGACGGUGAACUUGCCCUUGACAUCGCGGAGAGCGAUGAAAUGGAAGAUUUACUUCAGCAACAUAUCAAUAAAGCAGGUAUAGAUUGUGAUCUAGCGCGCACUGAAGAAGAAAGGUCGAUGCUGAGUGACGCUAAAGCCUGGAAAGCUGGAUCUCCUGGAAAAGACGCCGUUCAUCCUCGGACUGGUGCUACGGCACUUCAUGUAGCUGCUGCCAAAGGCUACAUCAAAGUCAUGAAUAUUUUAUUGCAAGCUAGGUGUGAUGUUAACGCUCAAGAUUACGAUGGGUGGACGCCGUUACACGGUGCAGCCCACUGGGGUCAACUAGAGGCGUGUAAACUUCUUGUUGAAAAUUAUUGUGAUAUGGAUAUUAAAAAUUUUUCUGGUCAAACGGCGUUUGAUGUAGCCGACACCGAUAUUCUCAAGGCCUUGGAGGAAUUAAAGAAAAAGCAACAGAUAAUAUUAAAAGAUCAUCCGUUAUUAAAUAAUCAAAAACAACUCCCGAUACCAAAGAAACGAAUAUCACCUACAAUUGAGAACACAGUCGUCAAUGAGGGAAUGGAGACCUUUGAAGAAGAAACUCCAAAUAAAGUAAUUAAAGUUGAAUUGGAAAUACAUUCGGAUAAAGACGACACAAGUGCUGACACGAAUAGUGACGUCGAAAGUGGAGAAGAAACAGAUAUUGAAGAUAGCGAUGGUGAUAAUGAUUCUGAGAGUAGCUCAGAUUCACAAACAUCAUCAUCGUCGAGUAAUUAUUCUAAUAAGUCAGAUCAAUUUUUAGGUGUUACUGACGAUGAAAAGAAAAAUAGAGCUAAUAAAGACGACAGUGGAACACUUAGUCCAGUCAACGUUCCAGAAAUAAAUAAAGUUCCUAAUCAGGCGCCAAUUUUACCACCAAAACAACAGACUGAGAAUACUGAUGAAGAUACAAUACCGUCGUGGAGACGAUCAGGUUCAUUUAGAAGUCGAAUACAGGAAAAUGAACCGACUAAUUCAGUAGCUUCAACUAAAGAAAUAGAAGAUAAAGAGAAAAAAACACCGCUUAUCUCAAAUAAACUAAACCAGAAUACAGAUUCAGAAGUUGUUUUACGAAGAACUCAUAGUUUUGAGACAGACGAAAAGUUCUAUGAGCAGUAUCUGGCAUUGCGAGCUCGCAUCAAGGCAUCUUCCUGCCCUACACUCCAUCGCUGCAAUCCAGUUACUCCUACCCUCACCAACACUUCGACCGCGCGUUCUGCGUCUUUACGCGAAACUCACAGACGCAAAGAAGUAAAACUUAAUUUGGAAUUGUCACGAGUACCACAAGAGGGUAAUGCAUCAUCUCCAACAUCUUUGACAAAUAAGUUUCUGUCCUCACCAGUAUUGCCGAUAUCCUCAACUACUGGUUCAACUCCAACAAGUUCUACCUCCACAACUACUACCACAACGACAAGUCCUGUACCAGGAAAUCAAAUUCGUAGUGUACAAGUGGUGGAGACGAGCUCUGCAAUUGUAACUCCCUCUUACAAUUCAACAACAACAACAUCAGCACCGACGACUCCUGCUGGUGGGAAACUCAGCCCAGGAAAUAUCUUCAAAAAUUUCUUCAAAUCAUUUGUACCACCUGUACGUGAUGAAGAGAGUGAAACACAGCGUAAAGCUCACGCCAAGCGUGUACGAGAGACACGACGUUCUACUCAGGGAGUUACUUUGGAUGAAAUUAAAAGUGCUGAGCAGUUGGUUAAGAAAAAACAACAGCAAUCUAAUGAUACCUCAUCAUCCACACCGCAGCCAGCAGCUUCUCUUGGCCAAACAGCUUCAAUCAUAGCCACGAUAACAACAGCAACGCCAACAACCGUGACAACAAAUAAAUUACCUGAAGAAACGAAUUUGCCUGAAAGACGGCCGUCUUGGAGGUUGAGGGUAGACAAUGGAAGCAAGUUCCAGCUGGAAGAUGCUAAUAAUAAGUCAUCGGACACAACAACAGCGUACAUACGAAGGCCUUCAGGUGGAACAGGUAUACCUCGACCAAGUUCAGCACCAGUAGACUCAAUAGCAACGAGUACUGCCGAUGCAACAGUUACUUUGCCACUUAGACGAUCAUUAAAAUCACCGGAAGACAAAGAUCAAGACAAGGAGAAUGACAGUAGAAAUGCCCAAGCUACCCAAGCUGUUAUUCAAAGGCGACGUAGACCCAAGAGAAGAUCUACUGGAGUUGUUCAUGUGGAUAUGGAUGAAAUAGAUCCUGAUAAACAAGAUACCUCAGCUGGUGGUGAUUACGAGGAGUCCAAAACCAAUCACACAGAAAGCGGCAAUGAACGAUCCGGACGUUCGAGUAGGAUUGGAUCCAUAACAUCUCUGUCGUCAGACAUAUCAGUGACUCCGAGCAGCAGAAUAAAGUCCUCAAACUCGGAGAAUGGCGAGCUUGAUUACAAAAAACUCUGGGAAGAGUCUCAAGCUGAAAAUGAAAGGCUGAAGGAAAAAUUACGGCGAUCUGAUGAGCAGCUUAAAGAGGCUAGAAGUUCGUUGGAAAAAGUACAGAGCACACAGAGUAAACUCACUCUUUCAGAAGCGGAAAAACGUGAGAGGAGAGCUAUGGAACGAAAGCUCUCGGAGAUGGAGGAGGAAUUAAAAAUGAUGGAGCAAUUGAAGUGCGAAAACCAGAGGCUAAAGGACGAGAACGGCGCAUUAAUACGUGUCAUUAGCAAACUUUCGAAAUGAUAUCGUCAAGUCAACAAAUAAAUAAAUAAAAAAAAACAUACAAAUUAAUUAAUUAAAUGAACAAACAAUUAAUUUAAUUAAUUAACAAAAGA